CAAUUAUGUCCGGUGUCCAGGCAAGUUUACCUCGUUGUAGUGGAAAAGGAAGAGUUAAGUGUAGUGGUCGGUGGUUGUUCCUUAUGACCUCUUCACCCGUAAUGACAGGGCUGUGGUGUUGAAUUUAACAUUUGGUUUGUUACACUAAAUCAGUUGAAGAUGUCCAUGGACUUUGACAGUGCAGCUUUGCCAACCCAACAUGAAGAUGAAGAGUAUGACAAAGAAGAUUACGAACGAGAACAGGAGCUACACCAGUUGUUGAUGACUGAUCUUCCUGAUGAUAUGUUGGAGGACAGCAGAGACAUUAUUUCUCCAGAGCUGAAUUUCUCCAACUACACUGCUAAUAACAGAGGACAUCAAAUCUGGGAACAGAAGGGAGAUUGGAAUGAUCAUGGAGCAAACAACAGUACAACAGAUGUUUGUUAUUCUGCAGAAAAUCCAGUGCACAAAGGGCAGAGCAGGCAUUUUAUCACAAAUGAAACUGCAGGCCUAUACAAAGUGAAAUAUAACCCUUAUCCUGCUGCUAAUCCACCGGGAGAGUCUUGUAAAAUAGAUAAAAUCCAAAGUACAGGAAACAGAUUGGAGCCAAAGCAGAGCAAAUUCCUCGAUAGUGGAGAAGGUUCCAUGGAAGCUCAUCGAUUUGCACAGUUACAGAUACUUUAUGAUGCACGAGGAAGAAUGAUAGAGGAAAUGCAACAAAAGGGAGAGGAAUGUGCCCGUGAAAUCAGAUAUUUGAAUCAUCAGCUGGCAAUGACUAAAGGGGAAAAAGAAGGUAUCACUAUUAGUUGUCAGGAAUUAAAGAAAUUACUUCAAGAUGCUAAGGAACAUGAAGUUCAACUAGAAGGUCAAAUUAAAGCACUGGAAUCCAGAAUUGAAGACCUGAGUGCAAGUGAAAAAGAGUCACUGAAGAACCAGAAAAUUGCAGAAGCAGCCAUGGAAAGCAUGCAGCAACAGCUAUCAGAACUCAGUCGCUCAGAAUCUCUUACUCGUGCCAGAGAACAGCAUGAAAAUAUUAUUGGUGCGCUUAAAGAAAAACAUGAGGCAAUUAUCUUGACAAUGCAGCAGACACUUGAUGCAACUAGUAUCUCUUUGGAAGAACAGAAAGAGAAUUGUAAACGACUUCAGGAACAAGUAAAGCAGUUGCAACGAGAGCAAGAAGAAGCCAAAGUGGAGAAAGCAGACAUAAUUAAUGGUCUGACAAAAAGUCUAGAGAUGAGCCAGCAACAAUGCAGGGAUUUACUACAAACAGGUUCAAUACAGGAGAUCAGUGAACUUCGAAUCCAACUUCAGCAAGUUCAGUCUGCUAGGAAUGUCAGUGACCAGAUGAAUAAAGCUUUACAGGAAGAACUGACUGACUUGAAAGAACAAAUUGCUCUGUAUGAAUCUGCCGCUAAGAUCAAUGCCAUCAUUAAAGAAGCCCCAGAAGAAUUAGAAGGUCCAUUAUCAGAUUCAUUUGUGGCCCUCUGCAUUAAGAAUGAGAACCUGAAAAUACCCAGGCUACAAAGUUCAAAUGUAAUGUGCCAGGGAGAUUCAGAAAAGACCUUGUGCAAGGAUGAGGUAAUACAAGAAUUGAAGACUGAACUGGAAAGAUCACUAAGUAACAUCAAAGCAAAGCGCCAUCAAGUGACUCAACUUCAGAAUGAAGCUAAAGAAAAUCAAAAACAAAUAGCUGAGCUAAAGAAAAUGUUACAAAAUGCUGAAAAAUUAGCAAGAAGUCAUGAGGUAAGGGCCAUUUCUUUAGAAAAGGAGUUGGAAGCAAUAGGAUCUGCUCCUGAAAAGACUCUUCAAGAUGAAAUUGAGCAACUAACGUGUGAAACUCAGGAUCUACGCAAAGAAAUUGAGGGUAAACAACAAGAAAUUGAAAAACUAACCAGUAGUGAAAAACAAUUUAAAGAAGCAAACCAAGAAUUGUACAAUGAAAUGCGCCAAGUGAUCCAGGAUUUUGAACAGGAUAAGCAAGACGCUAUUGACAGAUGUGAGCGUAUUCAUCAGCAACAUCAUGAGGAUUCCAAAUGUCGACUGAAGCAAGAACUGAUGGAACAGCAUGAACUGGAGAAAGCUCAACUAACUCAGUUAUAUGAACAGCAGCUCACACGAGUUAAUGCUCAACUGGAACAGCUCAAUCAAGAGAUGUCUGGAGUGCAAGAGUGUUACAUUGCCAUCUGUAAAGAAAAAGACUCAUUGGAGAGCCAAUUAAAGAAGGAAAUGUCCCUCAAAUUAACAACAGUGGAACAGGAAUUAAAAAGGACAUUUUUAGCAGAAUUGCAAGAGAAUUUGAAUGGGCUUAAUGAAAAACAUGAGUCUGCAAUGCAAGCUGCAAAACAACAAUGGAUGAGAGAAGAAGAAACCAACAUGAAGUUACAAGUUGAGAACCAAUUAAAGCUAGCCAAAGCACAGUGGCAAGAAGAACAGCAAAAAGUUACAGAAUGUGUGAUACGUGCAGUUGAAACAGAAUGGCGUCUUUGUCUUCAUAAAGCCAUGGAACAGAAGGCUUCUUCAAAGAGAGAGGAAGUUUGUGAAAAUCAGGAAGCAAUUAACACUGAGGUUUAUAUAUGCCAAGAAUUAGAAGCUUGGCCUCCAAGCCAUAAUUUGACAAUGGAGCAGCAAACAAAGGAGGAAAGAAUAACAGCAGUUAAUGAAGCGUUACAAAAAAUUGAACUAGAACUGCAGAAAAAGUAUGAAGAUAACUUGGCCAAACAGGUUGAAAUAGCAUUAACAAAAGCUCAUGACCGUUGGUUGGAAGAAUUGUGUGAUCUGCCUGAGUACAGGGCCAAUUUACAAAUUGAGGAAAUGAAGUGGAAGAGAAAGUAUGAAAAAGAUGUAGCAAUGCAGAUCUCAAUUGCAUUGAAAGAAAAUGAAGAGAAAUGGAAACAAUAUUCUUUGAAAGAAAUUGAUGAAGCAGGAUCUAGUUUUAAAAUUGCUGAACUGCAGGAAAAAAUAGACAUUCUUGAACAUAAAUUAGAACGUCAGAAACAAGAAGCAUCAGCAGCUGCUAAAACUGAACUAGCAAAAGUUCAAGCCCAGUGGAAUAAGGAAAAACAAGAAGAGAUAAACAGAAUUUAUGAAUUAAAUGAAAAUGAUUAUCAAACCUUCUUGGAUGAGCAUAGAAAUAAACUCAAUGAAGUUCUUAAAGCAGCUAAAGAGGACUUUUUGAGGCAGAGGAGUGAGAUUCUUGCACAAAAGGAGACAGAAUUAAACCUAUGCAUCAUCGAGAAACAAAAGGAAUGGUCUGCCCGCCAAGAGGAACAGAUUAGGCAUGAAAAACAGCAGUAUGAAUCUGAGCUUGUUGCUGAAAUUGAGCAUUAUCUGAGACAGAUCUCAAAACAUUUUAUUAUAAAUUCAAACUCUGCAUAUUUCAGAAUAGAAGAACAUUGUAACCCUGUCAAACCCAUCCAUGCACAGACUGACAAAGUGAAGGACCGUCUCCAGAAAGUUUGUACAAAGCUAGUUGAGGACAUCAUAGAGACUCUACACAAAGAGAAUAAAUUAGAUCUACAGAAUGCACUAAUAGAAAUGGAAAAGCAACACAAAGAAUAUAAAACCCAAAAGGAGGCGCAGCUUAGAAAACUUGAGAUGUCAGAACUUCAGAUCAAGCAAGAACUAGAUUAUAUGCGACAUCAGCUUUCUGGAAAGGAAAACUUCAAUCCUGAAUACCAACCAUGUGAUGAACAACAUAGCACACAAGUAAAGCAAUUUCAACAAGAAUGUCACCAACUCAAGAAAAAGCUCGAUAAAAUGGGUCAGCAGCUUCAACUCACUGUUCAAGAACAUAAAAUUUACGUACUAAACCUUAAAGAAGAACAUGAAAGAACAAUAAAGCUCAUGCAAAAUGAAAAGGAUGAACUUCUGAAAAGACUGAAAGAAAACAAAUCAAUCAUCAAUAUAACAAAUACUUGUUUACAGCAGCAAGGCAGUUCUAAAAAUUCAUCUAAGUUGAUCUCUACAAAAGGAUUAGAAGAAAUUCGCCAUCAAUAUCUGACGGCUGUGAACAAAAUUAGAGAAGAUAUGCUGUACUACAUUCAAGAGAGCAAGGUACGAGCAGCUGAAAUGAUUCGUGCAGAAGUAUUAAGAGAACGCCAACAAACUGCACGGAAAAUGCGGAAGUACUAUUUGACUUGUCUCCAUCAACUACUGGCCGAUGGUGGAAACAGUGAAGGUGCUGAAAAGAAGAUAAUGAGUGCUGCUAGCAAAUUGGCUGCAGUAGCCAAAGCUAUAGAAACACCUCUUGUGAAUCGAAAACGUGAUAAAUGUGAAAUCCACAAGGCACAACUUAUGAAGAAGAGUUCAGAACCAACUCGAAAUAUUUCUGAUAACUGUGGAGGGAGUCCAGCAUCAGCACACAUGCUGACAAACCAAAGUGAGAAGUUCUCUUCCAGCAAAGACCGAAUCCAACAAUUCGUACAGAGCACAGCCAGCAAUGCAUCUGUGCCACAAGGUUUGAACAGAUCAUUAUUCAGUGCUACUAUUGAAAAUGGCACAUCAGGUGAACACUUGUCAACUGAUAAACAAGAUAAUGUGCAUAAACUUAAUGCUGGCAUUUCCUCCAAGGAUGCUUCUUCCUUGUCAAAUGAUGCUGUGUCAGAACCAAAGUAUCAUAAAGCUAGUGGUGUAGCCUCUUGUCAAAAUUCAGCCACGUUUCUGACCCUUGCAUCUCUCAACAAAACACAUGUAUUCAGCUCAACUGAUAAUUGUUCUGAUAAAGCACCGUUACAAAGAUUAUGCAGACAAAUGGGGAUCACACCUUUAAAAGAAACUGUUCAUUUGGAAAUGGCAUGCGAUCAUAAUGGUGUCCCAUCUUCAAAGUAUUCCUCAAAAGUGUAUAUCUGUCCUGAAACUUUGACUGGGGCAUCUUCUGACAUUUGUGAAUCCCCUGAGAGAGAUGAAGGUAGUUAUGUUGUUAACUUCGAAGCUGCUAACUGUCGUAAAAUAGGCACUUUCGGUUUUAGGCCGACAGGUAGAAACACUUGUCAUCUAGAUGAUUAUAGCAUGAGUAUUAAAUGUUCUAAGUUAAGUGCUGGGUCUACACCCUCUUCAUAUACAAACAUGCAACAUAAACCAUUUUCUAUGGCAAGUGGUAUUGCACAAUUAUGCCCCUCAGUUUCCUCUGCAGCCUCUGGCAUUAGUUCUUUUUCUGUUGAUGAAAAUGCUUUUUCAGGAUUGCAUAUAGAGCAAGAGCGAGAAGUUUUAAAUCCUGUCCCUACAAUAAAUAAUAGUGCCCAGUUGGGCCCAAGGACAGAAACAUGUGUAUCACAUCUAACUAAAGGCUGUAGUCAAAAGAAGCAUCCUUUAUUCAAGCCACAAAAUACAAACAAUAUUCAACAGGACAGUGGAUUUGAUAGCCCAUUCUUUAAUUUUCGUUAGUCAAAAGCUAUGUCUUACAAAUUUUCUUUUAUGCCACUAAACCUUUUGUGCAGAUAUUUUGAGUAAAUUGCAGCUAUUCUUUGACACUUGAUUUUGCAGGUUAAAUUAUAAUUGAUGUAAAAGGAGUAUAGGCAUUUGACGUGCUGUCAGGUAUUUGAGAAUUUUUUAAAAUCUAUCUUUGCCAUACACAUUAUGAUUUAUAUUUUCUCAAUUUGUAUAUUUGGGUGUUUUUUUGGUAAAAAUGUUUCUUUUAUGAUUCUUUGCUAAUAAAGUGUUCUUUUUUAAUCAG